AUGGCAUUGAUGAAAUCAGUAGUAAUUUAUAUAAUCCUGGUAAAUGUCGCUGCUGGAAUGCUAAUGGAGGUAUUGCACCCAACGAGAACUAUAGAACUAAAAGGGAUAUUGUAUUGUGCAUAUGAACCAAUAACCAUGGGCAACGUAACAAUACGUUUAUAUGAUGAUUAUCUUGGGCUUUAUCGGAAAGAAAUCGCUACAGCCAAACCAGACAAAAAUGGCAAUUUUUCGAUAUUUGGCAGAAACAGAGCAUUUAUCGACUUAAAUCCAAUCUUAACCGUUGAACAUCACUGCGUUAGGAAUAAAUACGAGCCAAACUGCACCGUCACUGGUGGUUACGUUGUUCCGAGUGGGUACACUGCGACGGUAUACGAUAUUGGAUACGUCAACGUCAAUCUGCUCAAUGAUAGAUAUGAAAAAAUAUGUUCGUAA